GAAAAACUAACAUUGGCCGGCGAACCCAAUUUUGAAAUGAAUCUUCUUCCGCCAAGUUUUUUGACAGUUGACCACCACUUUCCCUCUCUCCCUCGGCUUUGAGAAAAUUUGAGAUAGAAUUUGUAUAUCGCCAUGCCAAGGCGGAAAGGAAAACCUCGUGCAAAAAGGGAGGUUGAAAAGGAUGCUAAUCAAGAGGAACAUCAAGUGGAAAAGGAAGAUGAUAUAUUCAAGCAGGAAGCUGAACGUCAAAGUGCUGCUAUCAGGGCUAUUCGUGAUAUGGAGAUUGAACAGUUACGAACUAUGAUGCGAUUGCUACGAUCAAAUUUUAGUAAUGAACAACUUCAAGUUCCAGUAAUGCAAUUUUUUGAGGAAAAGUUUCCAAACCUGGCUAUUGUAAGGAAGGAGAAACAUGACCAGUAUGAAGUGCAAUGGAAAGACGAUGAUGGUAAUUUAAGCAUGGACCAGUUUGAUGGAAGGAAUCUACCUACUUCUCUUCUUCAUAAACUGUCCAAAGUGUAUCCUGAUUGCUCCAGUGCCAUGCCAUUAUUUGGUGGAUUUGAAUUCUCAAAUAAAUCUGUUAAAACAGCCUUUUGUGGUGCCGAAAACCUGCAGAUCAAGGGAUUUGUCUUGGAAGAGCUAUCUGAUACCCAAAUGCUCGAUCUGGCGGAUACUAUUCAGACACCCGGUGCAUAUAGUAGCAGAUUGUCUGUUGGGAUGACUCCCAAAACUUUAAGGCUGCCUAAGCCUGGGGAAAUGCUUCUAUCUGUCCACGGCUCUCCUCUUGGUGUUUACAAAGAAGACAACAUGGAAGCAAUACAUGAGUCGGAAGAUGGAGGAAAUGACUCAACGUAAUCUUCUAGUAUAGCAGUAGAAGAUACAGUUUAUCUGAUCGUAAUGUUUGAACUCAUCAUCAAGACUGAUUCGUGCUCUUAAUGUUAUUGAAAAAGUUCAUAAAGUCCUUUGCCAGCCUCCUUAUAACUUGUUCUGUCCCUUUUUCUGUAUUCUCUUUUCACCUUUCCUUUGCUCGACUAGAGGUUGGCAGGGUUCGUCUGACUACUUUCGUGAAGCUAUGCAGCUGGAAAAGUGGUCCUUGUAUAUAAUUUUGUAAGAGCAGACAAGAUCUUUAGAUUUUAGAUGGUCAAGUUCUUAAAUACUUUGUGUUUUUAGUGUUAGCUCUAGUUUAUCUGCAUUGUUUAA